GCCAUGGCCUCCACGGAAGGGAGUCGGGCGCUCCCCGGAUCUCGGCGCGAGCCGGCGGGACGCGGGCGGCGACAGGACAAGUAUUCCGUGCUCUUGCCGACCUACAACGAGCGUGAGAACCUGCCGCUCGUUGUGUGGCUGCUGGUGAAAAGCUUCUCCGAGAGUGGAAUCAACUAUGAAAUUAUAAUCAUAGAUGAUGGGAGCCCAGAUGGAACAAGAGACGUGGCUGAACAGCUGGAGAGGAUCUACGGGUCAGACAGAAUUGUGAGUGAGAUGUUUUCCUGUCGUGUGAGUUGUGUUUGUGUUGUGAGGAGAUGAGCUGUGAACAGUGCUUAAAUUGAACCUGUGUGCCUGGAAACUGGAAAUUUAAAGAGCAGCUUACGCUUGGAGUCCAGUACGUACUUACGGUGCUUGAAAUAGACUCUGGAGUGUUGAGUCAGUGGUAACUUUACAGCAGAAGGAGGAGUAUUUGGAUGA